AUGGCCAUAAUUGGGAACAACGCAGGAGAGCAACAAAAGCUACAAAAGUAUUUGUCUCAGGAAUUUGAGAUGAAGGAUUUAGGUGCUUUGAAAUUCUUCCUCGGAAUUGAAGUAGCAAGGUCAAAAACUGGUAUUUUUCUGUCUCAAAGGAAGUAUGUGAUGGAUCUACUCACUGAAAUAGGAAUGCUUGGAUGUAAGCCUGCUGACACACCCAUUAAGAUGAAUCACAAGUUAUGUGAAGACAUGGACCUUUUUCCAACCAAUAAGGAACAAUACCAGCGCCUUGUUGGAAGGUUGAUAUAUUUAGCACACAUAAGACCAGAUAUUGCAUAUGCUGUGAGUGUGGUUAGUCAAUUUAUGCUUUCACCCAGUGUUUCUCAUAGGAAUGUAGUUGAUCGGAUCUUAAGAUACUUAAAGUUAGCUUCUGGAGAGGGGUUAAUGUUCUCAAAGAAUGGAAAUCUUGAAGUUGUUGGAUAUACAGAUGUUGAUUGGGCUGGUUCCAUUACAAAUAGAUGCUCUACAUUAGGUUACUUUACAUUCGUUGGAGGUAACCUAGUCAUUGGGUGGAGUAAAAAACAAAAUGUGGUUGCUCGGUCUAGUGCAGAAGUAGAGUAUCGAGGUAUGGCUCAAGGAGUUUGUGAAUUAUUGUGGAUCAGAGGACUCUUGACCGAAUUGGGUUUUAAACUAGUGAAGCCAAUAGAGUUACAUUGUGAUAACAAGUGA